UGAGGGUCGUGUCAUGAUUCCGUCCUGCAUCAGACUCUGAGGGGCAUAAGUGCGCCGAGGAUGGGCUCUAUUCCCCGUGUCCCGACGCUAUGUUUAAUGUUCCCCUGGUCCAGAAGGACCCAGCGAGGCGACCCUCCUCGGCUCUAGUCUAGGCUCCGGUCCGCACUACGCUGAGGGUCUGGGAGGAUGAUGUACUCCUCAUAAAGGGUCGUCUUCAGGGUAGUCUCCCGACGUGUACCCAUUCUCACGGAAAUCGUAGCUUGACAUUCGUAUAGCAGCUGUCCGCUGGAUCUCACUGGCUAGUCCCAGAGCUAGCUGCUCUGAGGCUAAGCUAGUCGAGCUAGCGGCUCUGACAUGGUGCACCGAGGCUAAGCUACUAGAGCUAGCUGCUCUGAGGCUAAGCUACUAGUGCUAAGUGCUGUGACAUGGUGCGCAGGGCUGUGAUGGCGACGUGACACAGUCCGACCGUGAGCAAAGCGGGAAGGAACCACACGCAUUGUGUUGCUUCCUGCUCCCGGUUCUACGGACGCUGGAUCGUGACGGUCCGGCAGUAGGCCGACACGACCGACCCGUAACCCUGAUUUAGACCGCCGUGCGGGCCGUCUAGAGGAACCGUCGCCGUACUUUUGUGUCUCCGCCACAUAUGAGAAUUAAAGCUUCGAGCUGGACGACCUCAAAUAGCCUUAAGAUGAAGGCGGUGGAUGAGCCAGCCUACCUGACUGUAGGGACCGACGUCAGCGCCAAGUACAGAGGGGCCUUCUGUGAAGCUAAGAUCAAGACUGUGAAGCGCCUGGUCAAAGUGAAGGUGGUCCUGAAGGGGGAGAGUACAUCCCAGGUGGUCCAGGAUGACCAGGUUAAAGGAGCGCUGAGGAUUGGUUCCACGGUGGAGGUGAGGACCAAUGAGGGGCCUUCCACGCAGGCGGUCAUCAGCAAGCUGACGGACGCCAGCCUGUACACCGUGGUGUUUGAUGAUGGUGAUGAGAAGACUCUCCGUCGUACGUCCCUGUGUCUGAAGGGAGAGAGACACUUUGCAGAGAGUGAGACUCUGGACCAGCUUCCGCUGACCAACCCAGAACAUUUUGGAACUCCAGUGAUCGGCAAGAAGUCGAACCGUGGUGGCCGGCGCUCCUCCCAGCCUGUGGCUGAUGAGGAGCAUCACUCUUCGUCCAGCGAGGAGGACGAGGAGGACCGGCGGAGGCUGAAGGACGACAUCCUGGGGAAGGUCUGCUGUGUCCAGGACACCAGCGACCGCUCAGGCUGGUACCUGGCGCUGGUGGUGUCUCCCAGCUGCUCAGACGAGAUGAUGGUGAAGAAAGACCAAUGUCUCAUCAGAUCCUUCUCGGACUCCAAGUUUUCCACAGUUUCCAGGAAAGACGUCCAUGUUGUCGCGGCCGACGCCAUCACGAGGCCGGAGUUCUCCUGCAGGAAAGGGCACAUGGCGGCCGUGUCCUUCCUGAGGAGCCAGGAGGUCCCCGAGCUGUGGAAGAUGGACAUGAGCCAGAUCCUCGACUCCUCCUCCAGCGACGAGGACGAGGAGGUCGGCGGGCGGGAGAAGGACAGCGAGGAGGAGGAAGAGGGGAAGAAGAAGAGGAACAUCAAAGAGGAGCCUGAAGAAGAGGCAGACCCAGAAGAGAGGGACCACUUCCUGCAGCAGCUCUACAAGUUCAUGGAGGACCGAGGCACUCCCAUCAACAAGCCCCCAGUCCUGGGCUACAAGGACCUGAACCUGUUCAAGCUCUUCCGGCUGGUGUUCCAGCUGGGCGGAUGCCACAAAAUCGAGAGCGGCACCGUGUGGAAGCAGGUGUACGUGGACCUCGGGAUCCCCGUCCUGAACUCUGCUGCCUCCUACAACGUGAAGACGGCCUACAGGAAGUACCUCUACGGCUUCGAGGAGUACUGCCGCUCGGCCUCCAUCACCUUCAGGACCAUCCACCACAACAACCCCCGCCCCCCCUCCGCGCUGGCCAGCCCCCCGCCGGAGGAGGCGGAGCCCAAGGACCCCGGGCCAAUCAGGGUCCAGGCCGCCGUGGAGAAGGAGGAGCCAGAGUCGGACGGCGAUAGAGGAGGAGGAGGAGGAGGAGGAGGAGGAGGCGGUGGUCUAAGGCGGAGCCUCCCGUCACCCAGGGGGAGGCGGCGGUGGCCGGGGAAGUCUGACCGGCGGGACAGCAUAUCCAGGAUGGAGAGGGACAGACUGAAGGAGGAGCGAGGGGACGGCCUGUCCCGGGUGGAGAGGGACAGACAGGAGCGAGGGGACGGCCUGAACCGGAUGGAGCGGGACCGACUGAAGGAGGAGCGGGGAGGCGAGACGAGCGGGGAGGAGCAGAGGGAAGGAGAGCGGGUACCGCCCCGGAGACGCAGCCAUCGUCGCCAUGACGACUCGGACAAGGAGUCUGGGGAGGACGAGGAGGAGGAGGAGGAGGACGACGAGGAUGAGGACGAAGACGUAGAGCGACGGAGAGAAAGGGGUGAGGGGGAGGAGGGGGAUGAGGAUGAAGACUCGUUGAUGGGUACGAAGGUCAGGGUGAAGUACGGCAGAGGGAAGAGCCAGAAGAUCUACGAGGCCAACAUCAAGAAGAUGGACAGCGAUGACGGAGACCAGAUCUACCUGGUGCACUACUACGGCUGGAACGUCAGGUAUGAUGAGUGGGUGAAGGCCGACCGCAUCAUCUGGCCCGUGGACAAAGGAGCCACCAAGAGGAGAACUCGGAAGAAACUCAAGAACAAGGAGGACGGGGACCGGGGGGGGGAGGAGGAGAAGGGGCUGAUGAAGCCGGGGAGCGGGAGGCGUGGCCGGCCCCAGACGCGGACCCCUCCCUCCACCAGCUCCGUCCGAAGCUUCUCCAAGACGCCCAGCAGCGACGGCCAGGGCCGCCGGAACGAGAGCUCUCCCACCACGGCCAACGGAGACGAAACCCCACGAAGGCGCAACAGAAUGUCUGGCGUGUACGACUCGGACCGGCCCUCCUACGAGGAUUCUGGGAACUCGUCAGAAGACAGCGGGUCAGAGGAUGCUCCGCCCCAUCUCCGGGAGGAGGUGGACCUUAACGAGGAGGAGGAGGGGCCUAAUGCUGAGGCCGCGCUUAAAGAGGAGGAGCCUGAGGAGGAGCUGGACCUUAAGGAAGACACUGCUCUCUCGGGGGAGGGGCUCAAGGAGGAGGCGGAGCUAAGCGGGUCGGACGUUCUGCCCCCCGCUGGCAACACGGCGGUUGCUACGGCAACGGUGGAACCGGCUACCGCUGCUGCAACCCCAUGUCCCAGCGUCCCUCAGGAGCAAGAGGACAGGGGCCAAUCAGAAAGGAAGGAGCCUCAGAGGGGGGAGGAGCCCGAAUCUGGGGGUGCCAUGUCUCCUAGCCACAACAAGAUGUCUCCUAGCCACAACAAGAUGUCUCCUAGCCGAAAGAUGUCACCUAGCAACCUCAAGAUGUCUCCAAGCCACAACAAGAUGUCUCCAAGCCACCUCAAGAUGUCUCCUAGCCACAAGAUGUCCCCUAGCCACCUCAAGAUGUCUCCUUGUCUCCCGGAUAAGCAGCUGGACUUGUCUCUUGAAGCCUCUCCCAAGCCCAAAGGUCGCAGGUCAAGUGCAAAAGAGAUUGGUGCUGAAACUCCACCAAGAGCCCCGCCCACAAGCUCAAUGACCCCGCCCUCAAGCUCACUGACCCCGCCCACAAGCUCAAUGACCCCGCCCACAAGCUCAAUGACCCCGCCCACAAGCUCACUGACCCCGCCUACAAGCUCAAUGACCCCGCCUACAAGCUCAAUGACCCCGCCUACAAGCUCAAUGACCUCGCCCAUCAGCUUAAAAACUCCGCCCAUCAGUUCAAUGACCCCGCCCAUCAGUUCAAUGACCCCGCCCACUAGCUCAAUGACCCCGCCCACUAGCUCAAUGACCCCGCCCACUAGCUCAAUGACCCCGCCCACUAGCUCAAUGACCCCGCCCACUAGCUCAAUGACCCCGCCCACUAGCUCAAUGACCCCGCCCACUAGCUCAAUGACCCCGCCCACCAUCUCAAUGACCUCGCCCACCAGGCCAAUCACCCCAACUACCUGCACUAUGACCACGCCCAAUAGUUCAACGACCCCUUCCUCCCACACAAUGACUCCUCCCCCUUGCCCAAUGACCACGCCCAGCCACACAAGGUCUCCGCCCUCCAGUAGAAUGACUCCACCCAUGUGCUCCAUGACUCCUCCCACUACAGCAGUGAGCCCUCCCACCAGUGCGGUAACCUCGCCCAAGAACACGAGGAUUCUGCCCGCCGCCGCCGUGACACCACCCGCCAACGUCAUGGCCUCGCCCUCGAACCAUACGACUCCUCCCACCCACGCUGUGGCCACUCCCACCGGUGCCGUGACUCACGGCAGCCAGCUGGCGCUGUCUCCUCUGCGGGGCGGGCUGCUGAAGAGGCAGGACGAGCCCAUGGUGGUCCUGCACUGCCUGCCGGCGCAGCACCUCCCCCCGGAGCCCCCCCCCUCCCUGGACUCGGACACAGACUCGGCCCCGGAGGACGACUCCCUGGAGCCCGACGACGGGCUGGCCCUGUGGGGGGGCAACAUGGUCAACAUGGUCAACAUGGCCAAGCGCAAAGCCCUGGAGCAGCCCGGAGCCGACAAGAAGGUCCGCCUGGAGCAGACCCCCCAGGACGGCCCGCGCCACAUGACCCCCCGACCGCCCCACCUCCAGGCCCAGACCCCCCCCAGAGCGGCUCCGGUCCUCGCUCAGACGCCCCCGAGACCGGCUCAGACGUCCCCUAGACCCGCCCACGUCCUGCCCCAGACGCCCCCCAGACCCGCCCACGUCCUGGCUCAGGUGGCGGUUGUCCCGCCCUCGGAAGCCCGGGCCAGGGGGGCGGAGUGGAGGGAGGAGCAAGCCCCGCCCCCGCCGGCCGCUAGAGGGGCCGUCCUCCACCCGGCCCCGCGACCGGGCCCCACGGAGCAGCUCCUCCACCCCCAGGCCCAGCAGAGUCCCUCCAUACAGCACCGGCAGGGUCCCACCGCGCAGCAGGGCCCCACCGCGCAGCUCCAUCAGCAGGCCCAGCAGAGCGCGGCGCCGGAGGAGAUGGGCCCCCAGAUGGACCCGGAGGCCCUGGUGUGCCACGAGGUGGACCUGGACGACCUGGACGAGAAGGAGAAGGCGCCGCCCUCAGGGAAGCUCCUCUACCAGAGCGCCGUCCCGGCUCCGCCCCCUCCCCCGGCCCCGCCCACAGCGGACCAGCCCCGCCUCCAGGAGGAAGGCCUGGAAGACCAGCCCAACCUGUCGCCCUACGAGGGCAAGGACCGGGGUCAGAAGCGGCUACUGGACGGGAACCAGAACCCGUCGGCAAAGAAGCUCAAACGCAGCCAGAAGAGAACCGACGCCGGGGGCAAGACGGACCGCAACGGCACCGCAGCCCAGAGCAGUGACAGCGAGGACCCCUCGGCCCCGGACCCGCCCCCGCUGCCGGACCAGACCAAGCUGUGUACCCCCGUGAAGCAGGCUCUCUCCAGGGCGGGGAAGCCCAGCCGCUCCCCCCAGAUGUCCUCCCCGCACCGGACCUACAAGUGGUCCUUCCAGCUCGACGAGCUGGACAGGAUGUCCAGCAGUGAGCGCGUCUCCUUCCUGCAGGACAAGCUGCAGGAGAUCAGGAAGUACUACCUGAGCCUCAAGUCGGAGGUGGCCUCCAUCGACCGGCGCCGCAAGAGGCUCAAGAAGAAGGAGCGGGAAGUGUCUAACACCACAGUGUCGACCUCAUCGGGGUCAGAGGGCAUGACCCCUCCCCAGAGCUCUGUGGCAGUGGAGUGCAGGUGAUGACACGCCCCCUCCCUCCCCCCCUCUCGCUGGGGGCUCCGGAACACCUGAUUGGUUUACUGAAUAGCACCUGUACCCGCCCACCCAGGACGCCAGGCCAGCCCUCCAAUGGCAGGGAGUAGGUGUCACCCGGUUUCCAUGGCAACCCCCCCCCCCCCCCCCCCCCCUUCCGAGACAUAUGACGUAUUUAUUCCCUCUUUUCUACAUCUGCUUCCGGCUCCAUGGACAUAAAUUUGAAAGAUGCAUUUUACACAACUGUAAAUGAUUUCUAUAAUUUUUGUAUGAAAGCCACCUUUGUAGCGGUAUAUUCAGAAUGAUUGUUUUCUAUGUUUUUGUUAGAGCUCCAGAGAGCCGUGUAAAUACUGAACCGUGACCUUGUUGUAUCUUUAUGUAAAAUAAAAACAGAGCUCUCCGUUUCUAAUAAAGCUUUUAAAUAUUA